GAAUGAGGUCGCGAAGGACGAUGCAGAGCUACUAUGCCAUCUCAUACAUGCUACGUCUUCACACUUGUUCACACUUGGACUCGGAGCAAAAGUCAAAGGUGGAUCCGCAUGAAAGGAUGCAUGUACCAAUUUGAUUCCGUCGUCCUCUCUGCGGCGGGCUCCACGUCACAACGGCAGCAGCCCAUGUCCCAGCUCUAACAGCACACUUCUGCAUCUCUCCUCGAGCACCAUGAGAUUCGUUUCCGCUACAUUCUCCGCCCUAUCCCUCCUGAGCUUGGCUCUGGCCAGCAAAGUUGUCGACCUCGACUCCAAAAACUUUGAAAAUAUCAUCGGUGGGAGCAAACCUGCUUUGGUCGAGUUCUUUGCUCCUUGGUGUGGACAUUGCAAGAAUCUUGCCCCUACAUACGAACAGCUUGCAGACGCCUUCCCAUCUGACAAAGUCGUGAUUGCCAAGACCGAUGCCGAUGGUGUGGGUAAAGAGCUCGGAAAUAGAUUCGGCGUGACUGGUUUCCCAACUCUCAAAUGGUUUCCCGCUGGCUCGCUUGAGCCUCAAGACUACUCUGGUGGACGAGACUUGGACUCUUUGGCGUCUUUCGUUUCCCGGGAAUCUGGCGUAAAAUCCAACAUCAAGCCUCCACCCCCUCCUGCCGCUGUCGAACUCGAUUACUCCAACUUUAACGACAUUGCUCUCAACGACAGCAAAGAUGUCCUCGUCGCUUUCACAGCGCCUUGGUGUGGACACUGCAAAAACCUCAAACCCGCUUACGAGUCCGUCGCUCGAGCGUUCGCUUCGGAGCCCUCUGUUGUCGUCGCGCAGAUGAACGCGGAUGACGAGGCCAACCGACCCAUCGCUUCGCAAUACGGCGUCCAGUCCUUCCCCACGAUCAAGUUCUUCCCCAAAGGUGGAAAGGAACCCGUCGCGUACAGCUCGGGAAGGACAGAGGAACAGUUCAUCGAGUUCCUCAACGAAAACUGUGGCACAUAUCGGACCGCUGGAGGUUCCCUUUCUGCCAAAGCUGGCAAAGUCUUGACACUUGACAAACUCGCAUCCAACUUUUUCACCGCCGAUCUACCUUCUCGCUCUGACAUUGUCGCAGAGACCAAGAAAUCAUUGGCCGAACUCGGCUCCUCUGUCAGCACCUCGGCCAGCUACUACCUUAAAGCCAUGGAACGAAUCAUGGACAAGGGAGAGUCCUGGUUGACCAAGGAGCAGGCGAGAAUCGCUGGGCUGCUCCAGUCCCCCGCCCUCGCUCCUACCAAGAUUGACGAGCUGAAAAUCAAGGCAAACAUUCUCUCCUCAUUCGCUGAGAAAAAGGUCGAAGAGAUCGCAGAUGCUGCGAGCGACAUUGCCGGGGAGAAGAUGGAAGAUGUCAAGGCGUUCAUCAGCAUGAUGGAAGCCCAAGGUGCCAAGGCGACUGACCGAAUCAAGGAGGAGCUGUAGUGAAUGUGAAUCCAUCCAUCCAUGCAUUAAAAAAAAAGGUGCCACAA